GCCUCCACAUGUCUGCCUAUGCUCCGCCAGGCCCCAUGGCGUGGUCGGUUCCUCAGUACCCAGCAGCCGUGUCGACACAGUCGAUACUGAUUCCAGAGCUCAAGUUCUUCAUCGAGCGGGGCGAUGGUUCUCUCAUCCCUCUUGUUCCUGUCGAUGAACUUCCAGACGACAUUCGCUUGGUUGGUGUGCCUUUAAGUCUGAGUGCCUCGCAAGCAAAGGAUAUGCUCUUCCUUGGACAUGAUUCAUCUGUCAGAAGGAAGUUUUCGCUUGCUGGAUCUGCAAACAUCGAUGAGUCAAUGGCUCCUACAUCAGUCGCGAUGAAAUACACACCUCAGCUCGAGGUGGCUCUUCACAACAACCACGUACCUCAGCCACUCAAUGUGAUCAAGCCGAGACCCCUCUACAAUGAACGCCCUCUUCCGCCUUCUGGGAUUGAGCCUGAUCAGAAAAAGAAGAUAUACUGUACCUACUGGAUCCAGCACCAAGGUCAAUGCUCGUUCAAGCAGCAAGGUUGCAUAUACAAACACGAGAUACCCGAGGACAAGGAGACUCUCAACUCGAUUGGCUUGAAGUCGGUGCCUGCCUGGUGGCGCAAAGAGCAAGCACGCAAGAAGCAGAAGGGGAAGCGUCCCGAACGUAACGGUUCGAGCUCAGAGUGGGAAGUGGUCGAGCAACAGCAGACUGAUAACUCUGCUCUCCAUAGUGACGAUCCUGUUCGUGUUCGCGUGCCACCCUCGUGUCCAACCGGCAUUCCAAUCACCCAAGAUGUUGCCCACCAGCAUCGUUCGGAGUUGGCUGCUCAGAAGGAUGCCUCUACUUCUGACGUUCCAUCUGAUACCGCUACUGCUGGCAGCUCGGCUGCAGGACCAUAUUCUCCUCCUGGCGGUGUCAAACUGGGCGCUGCCAAGACCCCUGUACGUGGUCCUCCAUCUCUGCCAUUCAGAAAGCAAACUCUGGACUCGCCCAUCGAAGACGAAGAGGAAGAGAACCUCAUCGACUUUGAAGUUCUUGUACCAUCGUCAUCUUCAGACAUCCCUUCACCCUCCCAAUCGAGUCCUGUACCACUUACCGAUCGCCAGUCGAAGGCAGAGGUGGCAUCUAGACGCUCGAGGAUUGUCGCCAACGGCGGUGUGUUCAUCUCCCCAGGCAGAGGUACUCGCUCAAACAUUGAUGGCACUCGACGUGGCUCUGCAGACAAGAAGACUAGUCCCGCAUCACCUACUACAAAGCACAACAGCACGGCCAAGGGCAAAGUUGAGGUGGGCAGAGAGAGGGUUGAGCAUGGCAAUGGCGUGUCCAGAAGAGGCAGAGUCAAGNUGAUUCCACUCACGGAAGUCGCGGCCAAGGCUGCAGGCGAGGUUGGCAUGCGGUCAGAUCGUGAGGCU